AUGAAAAGCGAUUUAAUAAGUCAAAAGCUAUUUGGAUAUGUUUUAAAGCCAGAAUCCCCAAAAGACAAAAAUCAAAACUCAUCAGCACUUAAUACCUCCAAUAAAAGUAUUCGACCUGUAACAGCAGCAAACGUAGGAAACCAUGAAAAUCAAUGAGUUUUCAACUGUAUCAGAAGACCGAGGCAUGUUAGCUCAGUUAUCGCUGCGAAUCCUAAUAAACUGCCAACAAAUAAAGAAAUCAUUACACUGCAUUACAUUAAUUAGAGUAUUUAAGGUAUCUAACACCAAAGGUGAUGUCAUGAGAAUUUCUGAUUAAAACGUUUGAUCAUCCCAAUAACCGUUUGCCAUUCUGGCUAGCGCUUCUCACCCAAUGUGAUACCAACAACCUUUCUGGCUCAGCUACUGCACGUGUUUUGCCUUGGAGUCAUCCUCCUCGGUGCUGAAUGGUUAAGCCCUGAGCCUCUUUGCUGCACUAUGGAGCAGGCCCCAAAGUUACUGUGUAGAAGUUCUCGCAAGAAAACCAAAAUCCAUAAAUAAAAUUCUGUGAAGGGAAAAAAUUAGCAGAGCUAACUUCUCUCGAACUGAAUGCCAUUUUUUUGAUAAUAAAAUAAAGAAAUCAAUAAUUUUCUCACAUAUAUUUUUAAAGAAAGGAAAGGAGAUGAAUUAGCCCAACCAAAACCAACUCCAGCUAAAAAAGGCAAUUUUAUUAGGCCAAGAACAGCUAGUUGCUCAACAAUGAACAAUAUUUUCAAAGCAUCACCGAUCAUCAAAUCUCCUUCAGCACUUGUAAUAGCUCCAAAUUCCAGUCAAAAAGAAAGUUUUACGACUAAUCAAACUGAUAUAGAAGACAAAAAAGUGGAAAGCCCUAUAGUAUCGAAACUCGCAUUUCACCGUAUAAAUUUAGAUAGCCAAGUACGAAAAACUCUUCGAAUAAAAGAUGCCAAUGAUGAUGGAACUCUAGAAGAUUAUUUCAUCGGAAGUGAAAUCGGAAAAGGUGCUUAUGCAGUUGUAAAGCUUGGAAUAAGCAAAGCAAACAGCAAAAAAGUUGCUAUAAAAGUAUAUGAAAAAAUUACCUUAUUAGAUUCAAAUAAGAAGAAAAAUGUGCAAAGAGAAAUCAGAAUUUUGAGUAAGCUAAAUCACCCAUCUAUUGUAAAAUUAUAUGAAACUAUAGAGACACCUAGAAGUAUCAAUUUGAUAUUAGAGUAUGUGCCGGGAUGCUCUCUGCAAGAAUAUGUCAAAAGAAGGGCAAGUAGAAGACUAGAAGAAGGUGAAGCCAGAAAGAUUUUUAAGCAAAUAAUGGAAGGAAUCGCGUAUUUUCAUUCGAAAAAUAUAAGCCAUAGAGAUAUUAAGCUUGAAAAUGUUUUAAUAGACCAAAACCAGCAGAUUAAGCUUAUUGAUUUUGGAUUUGGAGUCUAUAUCCCAGAAACUCGCAGAGUAAAAUUAUUUUGUGGCACACCAAGCUAUAUGGCUCCUGAAAUUGUUAUGAAAAAAGAGCACCUUAGUCAGCCAGCUGACAUUUGGGCUGCUGGGGUAUUAUUAUAUGUGCUUCUUGCAGGCAUUUUUCCAUUUAGAGCUCCGCAUCACAAAGAGCUAUAUCAAAAAAUCCAAAAAGGCUCGUUUUCUAUGCCAGAAAACAUUUCAUUAGAAGCAAAGCAUUUAAUCCACAAAAUGUUAAACUAUGACCCACAGCAGAGAAUUUCUGCUGGAAAUGCAUUGCAAGAGCCAUGGCUGCAAAUGAGUAACUAUGAGUCCAAAAAAUUAAAAUAA